CCCCGAUUGUAGUCCCGUUGCUCAUGUGCAUUGACGCACAUUAGUUCCUAGCAUGAGUAUUUAAGAACCCGGUCUCUCUUCUUCCUGACACGUUAUUGUUGCAUCAGCAUCCAACAGCGUAGCAAUGUCGACCACAAGUGAACAAGCCUUUGAGUAUGGCUUCUUGCUCCAAAUAAAAGGGGAAGCUGCACUGGCAGCGGCACUGAAUGACUACCUAACCACUCGCAGCUACCUGGCUGGUUUCAGCCCUUCACAGGCUGACCAGAAAGCGUUUAAGCUUCUCCACAGGCCCCCAGACCCACAACAUGUCCACGCUCUGCGUUGGUACAGACACAUAACAUCCCUCCAGCAGGACCUGAACCCAGACAGCAGCAUGAAAGGAAAGAGGGUACAGCCUCAGUGGUCUCCACCAUCUGGAACAAAGGUUCCCCAACUUCGACUCUACAACAGUCUCACCAGAGCAAAAGAGCUAUUUGUUCCUCAGAAUGGAAACAAGGUCACAUGGUACAGCUGUGGGCCAACAGUGUAUGACGCCUCUCACAUGGGGCAUGCCAGGUCAUACAUCUCUUUUGAUAUUCUGAGAAGGAUAUUGAAGGACUACUUCAAAUAUGACGUCUAUUACUGCAUGAACAUCACAGACAUAGAUGACAAAAUAAUUAAAAGGGCACGUCAGAACUAUCUGCUAGACCAGUACAAGGGAAAAAACCCACAAGCUUCUCAAAUACUGAAGGAUGUGCUGACUGCCCGAGUGCCCUUUCAGGCCCGUUUGACCUCGACUACAGACCCAGAUAAGAAACAGAUGCUAGAAAGGCUUGAUGCCGCCAUCACCGGCACUCUGCAGCCUCUGCGGGCAGCGUUGGAGAGUAAAGCUGCAGAUGAUGUGGUGGAACCUCUGGCCCAGGCAUUACUGUCAAAUGCCAAAGACAUGCUCUCUGACUGGCUGGAUGGUCAGUUUGGAAGUGAAGUCACAGACAACUCAAUCUUCUCAGUUCUGCCUACAUUUUGGGAGGGGGAGUACCAUAAAGAUAUGGACGCCUUGAACGUUCUUCCUCCUGAUGUCCUGACUCGUGUCAGUGAAUAUGUGCCAGAAAUUGUAGAGUUUGUGAAGAAGAUUGUCGGAAAUGGCUAUGGGUAUGAAUCGAAUGGCUCUGUUUACUUUAACACUGCAAAGUUUGAUGCCAGUCCACAGCACUCGUACGCCAAACUAGUGCCAGAAGCAGUUGGAGAUCAGAAGGCUUUACAAGAGGGAGAAGGUGACCUGAGCAUUUCUGCUGACAGAUUAAGUGAGAAAAAAUCGCCCAAUGACUUUGCCUUGUGGAAAGCGUCCAAGCAUGGAGAGCCUUCGUGGGACUCUCCAUGGGGAAAGGGAAGGCCUGGCUGGCAUAUUGAGUGCUCGGCCAUGGCUGGCUCCAUCCUUGGGGAGUCUAUGGACAUUCAUGGUGGGGGUUUUGAUCUCAGAUUCCCCCAUCAUGACAAUGAGCUGGCUCAGUCUGAGGCUUUCUUUGAGAAUGAUUACUGGGUCCGUUACUUCUUGCACACUGGUCAUCUGACAAUUGCAGGAUGCAAGAUGUCGAAAUCGCUGAAGAAUUUCAUUACCAUUAAGGAAGCCUUGGCAAAAAAUACAGCCCGCCAGCUCCGUUUGGCUUUCUUGAUGCAUUCGUGGAAAGAUACCUUGGAUUACUCUCCCAACACUAUGGAGUUAGUUGUCCAAUACGAGAAGUUCCUGAAUGAGUUCUUCUUGAAUGUGAAGGACAUUCUGCGUGCAACUACUGACAUCACCGGGCAGUUUGAAAAGUGGGAAGCAGCAGAGGUGGCGCUUAACAAAAGUUUUUUGGACAGAAAGUCAGCCAUCCACGAGGCUCUGUGUGACAACAUUGAUACACGCACAGUCCUGGAGGAGAUGAGGCAGCUGAUUAGUCAGAGCAACAGCUACAUCGCUAGCAAGAAAAGUGCCAAGCUAAGACCCAACCGCAUGCUAAUGCAAAGUAUCGCCAUGUAUCUCACCAAUAUGCUGCAGAUAUUUGGGGCAAUUGAAGGAUCGGAGCCCAUUGGUUUCCCUGUGGGAGGACAAGGACAGGAUGUUGAUCUGGAGAGCACAGUGAUGCCUUACCUCUCUGUCCUCUCGGAGUUCCGAGAGCAAGUGCGAAAAAUUGCCAGACAGCAGGAAGUCCAGGAGUUGCUGGUCCUCUGUGAUGAUGUCCGUGAUAUUACAUUACCGGAGCUCGGUGUCCGACUCGAAGAUCAUGAGGGACUGCCGACUGUGGUGAAACUUGUGGACAAGGAGAUUUUAUUGAAGGAAAGGGAUGGGAAGAACAAGCUGGAGGAAGAGAAGCAAAGAAAGAAAGAGGAGGCUGCCAGGAAGAAAGAACUACAGGAGAUGGCUAAGCUUGCUAAAAUGAAGGUCCUGCCAUUUGAGAUGUUCCUCGCAGAAACCGACAAAUAUUCCAAAUUUGAUGAAACGGGUUUCCCCACUCAUGAUGUUGAAGGGAAGGAACUCAGCAAAGGACAAGAGAAGAAACUGCGCAAGCUUUUCGAAAGCCAAGAGAAGAUGCAUAAAGAGUACCUUUUGAAAAAGGGUGUGCAGUCAAGCGAGGCAAAAAAUGAUUAAAAUUAUUUUAGUUUAGUUUUAGUUAUAUGGUCUGUGCUUAAUAUUUUUUUCUUUUUGAGGCCGAUAAUGUCCAUUGUUUCCUAGUCAAAAUAGCUAGUCUCUCCUUAAAAUUGGACUGCCAUUUGAAAGAUGAAUGUGUAAAUCUGACUGCAUCAGUGUCUCACCACCCAUGAACCUCACCGCACGUCACUGCUUUUAAGCCAAAAUGGCAACUAUUUCUGUUUGACAAACUGCCCACUCUGCAGACAAGCAACAGCCUAAAGGCCUGAGAUGAUUGUCUCUUGUACUUGUAAGUUAGCCCUUUUUUUUACAUCCACAUGAACAAACAAACAAAGCCAUCACAGUGAACACAGUUGGGUGCUUUGCUUAAAGGAUUAUAAAUUACAUGUGUUUUUAGACACAGUGCACGAGGUAUAUUAUGACUGUCUGUGACAACCUUCAACCUGUCGGUCUGUUCCAUGUCAUUCUGAAGGUCCAUCACUAAUUUCUCCUUGCUUAAUCAAACAGGACUCUGUAAGGAACUCUUAUGAUAGCAUGUCAAGAAAUCCCAAUGUCCUAUUCUCUUGAAAAUCUAUUCAAUUAAAAACUGCAUUAUAAUUUUAGAAAGCUUGUUGUCUACUAAAAAUGAGAGUAACCAUUUUCUAAAUCAGAAGGGCAGCCGCACGUCUGUGUUGUCAAAUAACGGCUUGCGCUUUGUCACAUUUCAGAUUCACUGUCCUCGAUAUAUAUAAACGAACAAUACAAAAAAUAUAAUGCUCUCAAAAGCAGCAGUCCCAAGAGCUAAGUCCGAACAGCAGGUUUGGCACAUGGAGAAGACCGAAGAUCUUUGAAUUUCUCCUAUUUAUCUGUCGCCCUUCAUCAGCGAGCAUGUCCAUGAGUGACAUCAAAUCAUGUUCGACUUGGGCAGAAACUUGCCCAGAUUACUUGACCUCUGUUCCUGCAAAGCAAACGCACAACGAAUGUGCCCUAUUGGUCAGACAAGGAAAAUAUUAAAUGGCUGUUUGUUUUUGAUGUUUUUGAAUUUGUAAAUUUUAUUUCUAAAGCUUGAAAAAGAAGACGAGGUAGAAUUUCACGAGUUCUUUUUGCAUUCUGGUCAUGAUUCACUUGUUGUUUUUAUAAGCCCAUGCGGGCUGGGUUUACAGUUGUAUAUUUAAUUGAGUAAGAUUUUACUCAUGUAGGCUGGGUUUACAAUUGUAAACCCAGCCUGCAUGAGUAAAAUCUUACUCAUUCAUUCAUUGUAAUUAAUACAAACACUGCUGUUGUACCAACAUCAACAAAAUAAUUGGAUCAUUGAAAAUCUCAAUACUAUUUCAAUUAAUCAGCAAUAUUGAAACAAUAAUGUGGUUCCAACAACAUUUUAACUGUAAUAAACUAAGAUCCAGGCUUCAACCCUUUUAAAACAACCACCAGAUCACCAGUGCCACCACGGCCCAUGCGUAUUUCAAAUUACCAUAACUCCUUGCUACUUUGUGCAAUUUUAAUCAUUCAAACUGCCCCUGAAAGCUGGGAAACUAAUAAAUCUAUGUAUUAUUAUGGCUGCAAUUGCCUGGCGACCAGUUCAGGGUGCACCUCUCCUCUCGCCCAAAAAUAGCUGGGAUAGGCGCCAGCGCCCUAGUGACUAUAGUCAGUACAGAAAAUGGAUGGAUGGAUAUAAUUAUGGUGCUAAAAUGGUUAAAACCCUGCUUAAUCUACAGACCGCAUGUAGAAAAACCUAGAAAGUCUGGCAUGCAAAACAAUCUCGAACCAAUUACAAGUGACCCCCCCCCCCAUCCUGAGAACAAUAAAGGACUAGCUGCGGACUUUUAACACCUGUCAAGUGGGGUGCCAAGCCACAUGAAGCGAUGGAACAAAAGGUUGUGAUUGGCUUAUGCGGCUGGGUUCAAAUGUGUAUGAGCUCAGCCCCAGUUUCAAUUCCUGGGUUAACCACCAGAGGUCGCCAAACCAGAUUUAGAUCAUGAGUAUGAGUCGCCAGUUCAAGCAUAAGUCUUCUUAAUAUCUUAAUACUAUUAAACCCCGUAUCAUAGUAAACAAACACAUACUGAAGUCAACAACUUAUAACCAUGGUUUGAUUUUAUAUCCUUGAGAUAACUUUGAUGUUCUCUUUGAUGUUAUAACUGAUGUUCUUUUGAGAAACAUUGAUAAUGAAUACAUCAAGCCUAGUAAGGCUGUUUUACAUUAUUCUUACUUUUGUAUUACUAAUGAAAAAUGCUUUGAAACUGCUUUUGUGCAAAAACUAUAACCUGUGUAUGACUGUCUCUCUCAGACAAAGUAACACAAGAUGUACUACAAAGAAAAGAACAAACCUGUUGAAUGCAUGAGAGAAUUGUAUUCACAUGAAAGUAUAUACAUUUAUUUGACAUUUAACAUAUACACAUGUAUUGCAAAUUGCUUAGAGAUUAACAUGGUGUGAUGAGAUGUGUUGGUUGAGUUCAAGACAUUAAAUGUGCUUGUAAUUGAAUGUAUUUACUGAGAACCUACAAGACAUGAAAUGUGCUUGUAGUUGACUGUAUUUACUGAGAACCUAUUUGGGUGAGCAAAUAAGGGUCAAGUCAGGACUCUGAUGUGGUAAUAUAAGGUACUUUCCACUCAGGUCGUAUCAGGACAGGCCGACAGCGAGGAGCGCAUGUCAGAAUAUGUAAACAAAGGAUUAUUCUAGAGUAGGGGAGGUCUGAAACCAAGGUUAUAAAAGCCACACAUGCUGAUAAACGGGGCUCUCUUAUCCUUCCAAGGAUAGGGAGACACACGCUCUUUUCUCUCGCAAUGACAAGGGAUAUGCUGGCAGGAGGAAUUCAUCAGGCUACUUGGAUAGCUCUUCAUUUUUGAACUCUCCUCUUUAAUUGGGUAAGACUAAAAGAAUAUUAUAAUAAGGUAACUAAUAGAACCGCGAUUGACAUUGUGUGGAUAGGGAAGAGAGCUAGUCAGCUGUCCCGGGAUUCUUAUAUUCCAAAUUAUCUUAUUAUUAAUUGGCAUCUCUGCUCCGUAGGACUUGAUCACUCCUUAAAGCUCACUCAAAAGGUAAUACUUGUUUUAUGAUUUAAUUCUUUUAACUAUUUCUACUUCUUUUCAUUUUUGUUAUUAUUUUAUUGUUUAUUCUAUAUCACAAACCCUUACUGUCAUAUUAUUAUUUUAACCUUAAGUAAUCACUGAAAUAAAAACCUUGCUUUAAUUUUA